GAGCGAGCCAAGUCCAACGGAAAAGUACGUUCAUUGUUCGGAUGUUUUGCCAACUUUACCUUUUAAAUCUGAUAAAAAUACUAUCGAAAUACCGCGGGAUAUGGAUGUAGAAGUAUUGCUCUGGUGGAGCAGACCGGGCCGUGGAUACGUUUUUGCGGUUUUGAUGAAAUGCCACGUGUUCAGGUUUGAUAAAGUGUGAGGCUUUGGAUCGUUUCAUCACAUGACUCCCCUCCCCCACCCUGCCCGGGGAUUCAGGGAAGAAGGCGGACAUGUUUGAGGGGAAAUGUGCUGGUUAAAAAGUAUCCAAGUGGAAGACAAAGAAGAUUGUUGGAAGCAAGGUUUCGCUCUUUUUUGGGAUUUACCAGUCCACAUAUGUGUUUGCUUUUAACUAAAGACUUUUGAAUAUACUUUUUGAAAUUUUUGAUUAUAUAACUUUCAUUUCCGGGACUGCUAGUUUUGUUUUUAAUCCUGACAAAGUAUCAAAGCUGUAGUAAUGUUUAUUACUGGAUUAAUUGAAAGGGAUCUUUCUGUCGGUUAUUUAAGUGACAUUGUAGGGACUCUGUAACCUUGGUAUGGGGGAUGGGCGCGAAUGGUUAGGUAAUGUCUUGUGCUUUAAAUUAGUUUUUAUUUAAGCUGUGUAGAUGUUUGAAUAGAGAUUUAUUUUUCCGUGGUAGAACCGCGUUUUUUCCCCCAAGUUCGAAGCUAUUUUUUGCCCUAUUUGUAAAUUUCAGUAUUGCUGGGCACAGAAAAUCUGAGUUCAGAUACAAGGUUUCUGCUUCUAUUGACACAUUUAGACUGAGCUAGUUGUUUAAAUGUUUUAGUUCUGGUUAGUUGGAUUUACUUUAGGCUGGGGCCAGUCUGAAAAACGGUUGUCACCAUGUGGAUUGUUGCUGUUCUGACCUUGUCAGGGUAGAAUUGUUGUAGUUUAAAUAAUGAUUUGCUUUGCCCAAAAGCAAUAUCAUCAGCUGAAUCCCAACUGAGGUUAAGUUGUCAUUGCACCAGUGCUUGUGAUGUAUCUAGGCCACAUGGAGGCCUUGUUUUAUGGCAUUUUCAAAAGUCUUGACUUAUGCGAUCCCGCUUAAUGAAUAUCUGAACUGAUCCUGUUGUUAAACAAAAAACGAGUUGUUUUGUGUAUAUUUCUUUAUGAUUAACCGCAUGUCUAGUACGUACUAUCAUAAAAUACUUAUUGUUCCACUUCUCAAAGAUGGCGCUCGCCUACAUGUUCUAGAAGAAACUGAUGAGUUCAUGAGGGAGAGGCUCUAUUCAGGCGGUACUCGUGACUGUGCCGACGAACCAAUAGGAUUGUUAAGUGUUCAGACUACAAGCCCGCGUUACGGCCGUUUUAACCAAUCCCCGUCGUCGUUAUGAUCACGUUGACGUAAUACAACAUGAUAAAGAACAGGGAGGGCUCCGUUGCUGUCUUUUUUUUGUGAAAAAUAGUGUUCGCGGGCCAGUCACAGACGACACAUCCACAAAACAGUAAGGGCUUGACCAAUCGUGUUGGGCAAUACAUUUGAAGGGCAGGCCGAACAUGCGAACAGGUUGGCCUUAAACGUCUCUGCUGAUCUCCAACAGCCAGAGGAUGUGGCUAUUCUGACAGACAUCGUGAGCAGCGAAUAAGGAGUAAGUGGGCGGAGAAACAAAGAGAAGGUUUAUCCAAUGAGGUAAAUGGUUGGUCUAUAAAGCACCGGGUGUAGUCACAUUGUCGCCAUUUCAACGAAGCGGUUCGCAGGGAUUUCGUCGUGGCGGGCAGUGAAGGAAACUGACGAGCCGAGACGGAUCCUGCUUUUGAGUGUUCCCCAAAACAGAAUCCGGAUCCAUCCUGAUGGCUAUGGCUGUUAACCCGCACUUUGACAGCAUUCAUUCUGGGCUUGACCCUGGUUUUACUGGAGUGACGAUGGAUCACAGUAGUGGUGCAGCUGGGAAACGUAUCCGAAAACCAUCACAGCUCUACGAAGGCUUUGAGAGUCCUGGGAUGCCCCCGAUCAGCCAGUUGACCCCUUCAGGACCCCCACAGCCCCUGGUGAAAGACCCCAGCAGACAGGGGAGGGUGACAAACCAACUUCAGUUCCUGCAGAAAGUCGUACUGAAGUCUUUAUGGAGGCACCACUUCGCCUGGCCUUUUCAUGAACCCGUGGAUGCAGUCAAGCUCAGCCUGCCUGAUUAUCACAAGAUCAUAAAGAAUCCAAUGGACAUGGGCAGCAUCAAGAAGAGGCUGGAGAAUAAUUACUACCGCAGCGCCAGCGAGUGCAUGCAGGACUUCAACACCAUGUUUACAAACUGCUACAUUUACAACAAGCCAACAGACGACAUCGUGCUGAUGGCCCAGUCUCUGGAGAAAGCUUUCCUGCAGAAAGUGGCUCAGAUGCCCCAAGAUGAGAUCGAGCUGGCGCCUCCACCACCACGAAACAAAUCUGCCAAACCUUCCAAAAAGGGCAGAAACAAUCCAGUUCCAGGAGGAGUGACAACAGCCCAUCAAGUUCCAGCUGUCUCCCAGUCUGUCUACUCUCCUCCCACUCCAGAAACACCAGACUCCAUUCUGUCCACCCCCCCUCAGACUAUUUUAUCCAAGAGCCUUACCUUUCCUCCUGAACACAGCAUCCCCACUAUCACGAGCAUGCCCCACACACAGCCCACUGCAAAGAAAAAAGGUGUGAAGAGGAAAGCAGACACGACCACUCCAACCACGAUGGCCAUGCCCAUCAUGAGCACCAUGGGCGUCAGUGGGAUCGGCCUGGGGAUGGGAGGCGGCCUGGACUCCCCCCUGAUGCUGACCUCUCUAGGGAUGGACCACAGCUCUGGUCUGGUAAUGAACCAAGGACUCGGCCUUGGUCAGGGCAUGGUGAUGAGUAUGGACAUGGGUCACGGAGGAAUGAUGAUGGGAAACAAAGGAACGGGAGGGAGCAGGAGAGGAGUGAGCGGACGGCCCAUCAAACCUCCAAAGAAAGACCUGCCAGACUCCAUCCUGCCAACGCCGGUGCGUCGCAGCAAGCUGACCCCACAGCUGCGCUACUGCAGCGGCGUCCUGAAAGAACUGCUGUCCAAGAAGCACGCAGCGUACGCCUGGCCGUUCUACAAGCCCGUCGAUGCCACGUCACUGGGUCUCCAUGACUACCACGACAUCAUCAAGCAGCCCAUGGACCUGAGCACCAUCAAGAGGAAGAUGGACAGCAGAGAGUACCGAGACGCCCAGCAGUUCUCUGCUGAUGUCCGACUGAUGUUCUCCAACUGCUACAAGUACAACCCUCCUGAUCAUGAUGUGGUCGCAAUGGCCAGAAAACUCCAGGAUGUGUUUGAGUUCUGCUUUGCUAAGAUGCCCGAUGAGCCUCCAGCACCUCCCACCUCCUCAUCGUCUUCCUCUUCCUCCUCUUCUUCGUCAUCUGAGAGCGAGUUCAGCAGCGACAGCGAAGAGAGCGACAGCAGCCUGAGCUCCGACUCUGAGGAGGAGAGGGCGAACCGGCUGGCAGAGCUGCAGGAGCAGCUGAAAGCUGUACAUGAGCAGCUCACGGCUCUCUCCCAGGGUCCCAUCGUCAAACCCAAGAAGAAGAAAGAAAAGAAAGACAAGAAAAAGAAGAAGAAAAUGGAGAAACAUCGGCGGAUAGAGGAGGAGAUCCUCGCUGUGAAGCCGCCCAAGACCCCCAAAUUAUCCAAGUCUUCAAAAACAAAGAGCAACAAGGGGAUCAGCUGUCCUGUCAUACCAGCUAAGAAGACACAAAGCAAGAGAAACAACAAGAGCAAAUCCAAAAAGGGCAACAUGAUGAUUAAUGUGACCCAGCCGAUGCACGACCCUCUAGUCAGUCAUUUUGACUCUGAUGAAGAGGAGGACACGGUGCCCAUGUCGUACGAUGAGAAGCGCCAGCUGAGCCUGGACAUCAACAAGCUGCCAGGCGAGAAGCUGGGCCGCGUCGUUUACAUCAUCCAGUCCAGAGAGCCGUCGCUGAGAGACACGAACCCCGAGGAGAUCGAGAUCGACUUCGAGACGCUGAAACCCUCGACUCUGAGGGAGCUGGAGAGAUACGUCAUGACGUGUCUGAGGAAGAAGCCUCGUAAGCCGUAUGCAGCGAGUAAAAAGAACAGCGCUGGUAAGACCCGGGAGGAGCUGGCGAUGGAGAAACAGAUGGAGCUGGAGAGACGGCUGAUGGACGUCAGCGGUCAGCUCAACUCUGGGAAGAAGCCGUCUAAGACCAAAAAUGAUAAACCUGCAUCAGACGUCCACGCCCAGCCGUCACGUCUCAGCGCCAGCAGCUCCUCCUCAGACUCCUCUUCAUCGUCCUCCUCUUCAUCGUCCUCCGACACAAGCGACUCAGAAUCUGGCUGAAUCAGAGUCACUCGGACUGCUCCCAAAUAAAAAGGGUCUCGUGAAGGAGCCCUGGUGUUCUCCUCCCCUGAACGGACUGAAAUGUUGUGGAGGACAGAUCGGAUGAGACGGCACACCUGGUCCAGAGAGAGGUGGGCUCUCCCUGCGCCCGGUUCGACCCAGCAGCCCUGAACACAUCGCAGCAGAUGAAUGUGAGGAAGAGGCGGACGAUUGGAGCGUCCUGCUGUUUUCGGGUGGAGCGACUGGAAGCUCCGUCUCCUGCUAAUAAAGAUUGAUGCAUAUAUUGGAGGGAUAAGGGUGCUAGAGCCAGAAUCUGUGUGUGUUCUGGAUUUUUUCCCUUCUUACCAUGCUCCCUGUCUUUAUGCUGUAUAGAUCACAUGUACAGUUGUAUAAAUAUAUAUUUUCUUUUAUAAAGAAGCCUUUUAUGGAGCUUAUUUAUUCCCUCAUUCUGGGAAACGAUUGAACUGGCUGUACAGACGUUUUGUUUUGAGUCAUAGGGGAGUCGAGUUAGUUUGAAUGAAUGUAUCGUGUGUGUGUGUGUGUGUGAGAUCCAGCGCCACAAAUGCAUCCUUGUGAAGUUCCUCCUAGUUUUGAUGCAGAUGCUGCACGGCUCUGCUCCCAGAAGCACGUUGGUUCAGUAGAAAACAGACCGCAUGUAAUCCAGAGGAGCCUCACUGCAUCUCUGUGUCCUCCUGUUAAUCGCUGUACAGAAACGUGUCAUAGUUUCAGUAUUUCUGUUCCCAUGUUGGCUGCGUGUUUGUUUUCUCCAUGUAUUACAACUUCCCUGUAAACAUGUUGCUUUUUUUAAGUUUUUUUUUUAAUUCUUCGUGACCAAUCUGCUAAUAAAUUGUGAGGACGUGUCUUGUCCACUCACCUGUCCCCAAAUAACUUCUGGAUCCUUUUUUUGUUCCUUCACUUAUAAAACAUUUCAGAUACAAACAUUGAUUUGAUCUUUAAAAGGUUUGUUAUUAAGAGAGAAACAGUUUUGGUCUUUGAAAAAAAUGUCUUGGGUCUAAAAGUUUGAUCUUGUUUACUGGAAGAUGGAAGGUUUUAAUGUGAAGAUUUAUGUUGGCAGUAACAAAAAUUGAGUGCAUUUUGGUUUUAUUUGGUUUCAGAUUGAAGUAGUGUCCCAAGUUAGAACAAGUUUGGUUUUCCUUUAUGGUCUGAUUUUUAUUUUGAUUGCUGUUGCAAGAUAGAAAACUAGAUGAAUGCCUGUAUUAGUUUCAUCUGAACAUAAAUAAUCCUUUCACUGUCUGGAUGUUUUUUUUUAACAGAAAAUAAAUUCAAAUUCAGUAAAAACA